AUGUACGAUGUGGUUUACAAUAUACCGUGUCUGGGUGAUGGCAGAAGGGCCAAGUGCGAUCUCAGUUACAUUGGCCAAACUGGACGCAAGACCAAUGUACGAACGGAUGAACAUGUAGAAGACAUCAAAACGUUUAAUCAAACUGGUGAAUUGGAAAACACGACAGCACUCGUACACCAUUUCUACGAGGCUGGCCAUGUACCGGACACAGACAAUGUUUCGAUUUUAGAAGUGGAACACAAUUACGCAAAACGAAAAGUGCUCGAAUCUCUACACAUAAUGUCAAAUCAGACUAUGAACUUUAGAAAAGAUACAGAGAAUAUCAGCGCAGUGUAUAUAAGUCUCAUUCAAGGGAAGAAAGCUCCAUCCACGUAG